AAAUCAAGCAACAACGAUCUUGGCCUAGUUUCUUGGGACUUCCUCCGGGUGAUUCAUGCUCCGCACAAUCUGGAGCAUCAUUUGCUUCUUACCUAUAAGCUGGCAGUGUCCCGAACACCGAGUCUCUGGGGCAUAGUACACUAGGAGCUCUCGUUAGCGUCAGCCUUAUCACAUUCCUCACCAUGGCAUUGUUCUUGGACCACUCCAACGGCUGGCACCCGGGAGAGCUGGCUAUCCACAGUCUCCUUAAAGUACCCACCUCGAACCGCCAGAACCCUACGACUGCUGGACUACCCGUUUCCUAUGCCCGCCGUGUCUCGGCCUCGCCGCUGGUGGCCGUAGGGGCAUUGGAUGACCAAGGCCAACCAUGGACCACGAUCUGGGGCGGCGAGCUUGGCUUUGCCCGACCCAUAACACAUGGCGUUCUCGGCAUGCGAAGCCUGGUUGACAGGGCCAAUGACCCAGUGGUCCGCGCCUUGCUGGGAAAAGCAGCUGCAGGGCAGGUAGUACAGCCUACUGAAGGCAAUGCCAUGAGCGCCUUGAGCAUCAACCUCGAGACCCGAGACCGCGUCAAGCUGGCAGGGAAGAUGAUGGUCGGUACAGUUGUGGCCCGUCCAGAUAGCGAGACCACCGGCGAGGCUCAGGUCGGCAUGCUCAUCCACGAGAGUCUGGGCAACUGCCCAAAGUAUCUGAAUAAGAAAACGGUCCGCGCCCAUGUCCCAUCGCCGAAGCUGGUAUCGUCUUCUUUACCUCUUGUGCCGGAAGCGCUGGCCCUGAUCGACAAGGCAGACAUGUUCUUCCUCUCGUCCACCAACGGCCAAACGAUGGACACAAACCAUCGUGGAGGUCCACCCGGCUUUGUUCGCGUCGUUAGCAAUCUGCCCGAUGCAGGCGUUGACGGGGAUGGAGGCUUAGUCCUGGUGUAUCCAGAGUACUCCGGUAACCGGCUCUAUCAGACGCUGGGCAACCUGCACACCGACCCACGCGUUGGUAUCGUCAUCCCCGACUUUGAGACCUCGGACGUGCUCUACCUUGCCGGCGAGACACAACUCCUCGUGGGCCCAGCAGCAGCAGCACUGAUGCCACACACCAACCUAGCGGUCAGGGUCACUGUCCGUAAAGCGCUCUUCGUCAAAGACGGCCUCCCCUUCCGGGGCACACCGGGGGAGCCAAGCCCCUACAACCCACCAGUACGGCGGCUAGCCAGUGAAUGCCCUGCACCCUUCAGCCAACAACAGCCUACCGCAUCCCCCAUCGCAACGGCCACCCUUCUGCGCAGGGAGCUGCUCACCCCAACCAUAGCCCGCUUCACCUUCCGACUGCACGCACCACACUCCACAGAGAACAACAUCAACAACAAACCCCUAACCUGGCUGCCGGGGCAGCACGUCACGCUCGACUUCUCGCGCGAGCUGAACAUGGGGUGGAGCCACAUGAACGACAGCGACCCGCAGAGCCUUAACGACGACUACAUCCGCACCUUUACCAUCUCCAGCCCACCACCACCACACCCGGCUGAGAAUACCGAAAGGGAGGAGCCGACAACAAUGCAACUCACCCUCCGCAAACACGGCCCGACCACAGCCCUCCUCUUCUCCCGCCCCAUCCGGCACGACAUUAGCCCGCUCGAGAUCCCCGUGCUGGCCAUCAGCGGAGAGGAGCGCUUUCGCAUCCCGCUUGGUCCUGGUCUUCAUCCGGGUCCUGGUCCUGGCUUUGAGAGCAACCACCACGACUUAGCCAGCAGCGGCAGCGGCAGCAGUGAGGGGAGGCGGCGGAAGAGGAGUGUGUUUGUUGCCGGGGGAGUGGGCAUCACGCCUCUCCUUGCGCAAGCACCACUUUUGUUAGCACCCUCAUCACCACAAAAAUCGCAACCGCAAUCGGCUUCGCAACCGCCAGCCGACACGGACCUCGCCGCGGCGCAUCGUCUUGAGGUGCUGUGGAGUCUGAAGGCGGCGGAUCUGCCUUUUGCCGUUGACGUGUUUGAGCGGAUCGCGGGGCUGAGCAGGAUCACGAGGGUUUUUGUUACUGGUGGGGAAUUAGGAGGGGACGAGGAGGGGAUGAUGGAGAGGUUGAGGGCGAUGGGAGUACGCGUUGAGAGGAGGCGGAUGGCCAGGGCCGAUGUGUUGCAGCUGCAUGGUGCUGAAUCUGAUGAUCGGGAUGAUGACGGGGAUUAUGCGAGCCGAGGGCUCGAGACAAAAUACUUUGUCUGCGCGAGUGCCGGCAUGCGGAACGUUGUGCUGGGCUGGCUUGAAGGGUGCGAGGUUGUCUCGGAGAGUUUUGAGUACUGAUUGCUGUAGAGUACUGCGUAAUGAGGAUGUCGAUGGGAGUUGUUAGAAGACGUUGAUUCCUCAUUGUGUCUAAAGUAAACAAUACCUAACA